AUGGGUGUGUCCAACGGGAAAUAUGACGUUGAUUUCAAUGAAGAAGUUAACCUCAAUCAGUUCAAAUUAUUACGCGUUGUUGGUCGAGGGGCAUUUGGAAAGGUUCGAAUUGUCGAACGAAAGGACACAAAAAAACUUUUCGCCCUAAAGUACAUCGCAAAAGAGGAAUGUAUCAGAAUGGAUGCUCUUAUUAAUGUAUUCCGGGAAAGAUCUAUGCUAGAAGAAUUAGAUCACCCAUUGGUAUGCAAUCUUCGUUUUGCAUUCCAAGAUGAUGAUUAUAUGUACAUGGUUAUGGACCUAAUGAUGGGUGGUGAUCUAAGAUUCCAUAUAAAUCGCAAAACUUUCACAGAAGAUGCAAUCCGUUUCUGGAUAGCCGAGUUGGCAUGUGCAAUAAGAUACUUGCAUUCUAAAGGAGUGGUUCACAGAGACAUUAAACCAGACAAUGUUCUCCUCGAUGAACUAGGUCAUGUUCACAUAACGGAUUUUAAUAUCGCAAGACACAUAAGGAUGGACAAACCAUUAACGUCUCAUUCCGGAACGUGCGCAUAUAUGGCUCCUGAAGUGUUUAGAGGAGGUGGAUACGGUGUCACUGUAGAUUGGUGGUCUCUGGGUGUUCUAUUCUACGAAUGUAUAUAUGGAAGGCGUCCCUUCGAGAGUGACAAUCAAGAAGAAUUGAAAAAAUUGAUACUCAGAGCUCCAAUUAAAUAUCUCGACAUGGACCCACCUGUUAGUCCUGCUUGUGUUUCGGCAAUUCAAGAUUUUCUCGAGCGUGACAUUUCCAGGCGUCUAGGCUGCGGUCCAAAUGGGUUUGAACUUAUUCAAAAACAUCCUUUUUUCCGUAUGUUUGAUUGGCGUGCUCUUGAAACCAAGGAAUUAAACCCAAUUUUUCGUCCUUCAUCAGACAGAAUCAAUUUUGAUGCUACAUAUGAUUUAGAAGAAUUGCUAUUGGAGGAACAACCAUUAGAGGCAAAACCGCGUCGAUGGAAGUCCAAAAGGCGUAGGGAUGGUGAAAGUUCUGAAAAAGAAGCUCAGUAUCAAAUGAUUGAAGAGAAAUUCAAACCAUUUGAUUAUACAGUGUUUGAAAGAUAUGAGGGUUGGGUAGAUCCAGUGACCAGGUGUGUUGCUGAUCCGCCAGAAUGGGUCAAACCUGCUGCUGUCGAAGUUGCAAACCAGUUGGAAAGAGAAAGCCAAGAUGGAGCUAGUGAUCUUGGCAGUUUAGCAGGGAUAUCUUUAAAAAAUGGAGUUCAAGCUUAA